GUCAAAAAAUGUCAACUGUACUGUCUUCUCGCGACUUCACGGAUCUUACGCAUGUUUCAGAUUUGAGGAAAAUUCAUUAAACCGGAAAAAACCAUUCGACUAUAAGAUAAUUUUUUUACAUCGAUUUCAUUAACGACCUAUUGUUUGUCAAACAACCAGAACACAUAACCUUUAAAUGAUAUCAUCAUAAUGUCAGAUGUAAGGUUGUUAGUGCAGGAAGAAGGCAGAGCAGCUAGGAACUUGAUAGCCUUCAAUGUUCCAUUAGAGUCUGAUAGCAUUGAGAAAAUUACACGCAAACCACCAAGUGUUCCUAGAAUUCUACAAUCAGCCAAUACAAAGCGAUCAAUCAAAACUAAUGCUCGAGUACGAUCAGCUUCAACUGGUCGUGAUAAGCGAUCAGAGUUACAAGCUAGGUACUGGGCAUUUCUGUUUGGAAAUCUUCAGCGUGCAGUUGAUGCUAUCUAUGAGACUUGUGAGGAGGAUGAGAAUAUUUCAGAAUGUAAAGAGGUGAUCUUGGUUUUGGAAAAUUACACUCGUGAUUUUCACAAUCUCAUAGAAUGGUUCAAAGUCAAAUGGGCUUAUGAAACUUUCCCACCACCCUUGAGAAGAACUCCUCUGGCAUGGGAAGUUAGGAAAACUUCUCCAUGUAGAAUGUGGAAUUCAAAUGUAGUUCCCAAGCCUGGAAGCCCUUUGCAAAGAACAAGCCCUAUAAGUCCUAUUGAUCAUACAAUUGUUGAGCAAACCAUCAUUGAACAUAAAGUGACUAUUACUGAUAAUAAAACCGAAUCAUUAGGAAAACCGGAUGUUGGCGUGAGAAAUCCAAAAAUUGUCAAAGAAACUAAAAAUCAAGGUUCAAAAAAUGAUGGUAAAAUAUUAAAGGAAAAACCAGUAGUAUCCAAAGUGAACACAAGAUCAACGAGCGUUCUAAAACGUCCAUCAUCUGCCAAUGAGCCUAAAGUUUUAUCCGAGAGUAAUGCUAAUGCGAAGAUCAAUACCGACACUAAAAAUACUAACAUGACACGAAAUAUCACUCGACCUCUACAACCAAAUAUAAAUCGUACGAAACCGCCGGAUAUUCAUCCUAAUAACGUUAACAACGAAAAUAAUAUUGAUGGGGUUAUCAAGAAAAACAAUGAUCUCAAAAAAGAUAUUGAGACUAUGAAGAAUCAAAUAAAUACAAACUUGAAUAAGAAUUGUACUGCUAAUAAUAUAAGUUCCAGUCCACCAGAAAUAAAAUCAGCACCAAAUACCAAUGCCGCUAGAUUGCUAAUGAAGCCAACAAGCCCAAUGACAACCGCACCAAAAUCAAAACCAAAUCUACCAAAACCAGCAUACUCAAUGGUCUCUCGAAUGAAAUCAACACUUGGCAAUGUGCCAUCAGCACCGACUCAACAAGAACCACCGAAAAUUACCCGAAGUAAAACAACUUUAGGUGUUAAAGGUUCCGCAGCUCCAAACAAAAUUCGACCAGGAACGUCUGUUAUCGUACGUAGACGAAUGCAAGCUCAACAAGAAACGGAAGAUGUGAGUGCUUCAGUGGAAGUGUUAACAACAAAGUCCAAGCCGAAGCUCGACGUCGAUGGUUGGCAAACGGUGAAAAGUCGUACACGUCGUGGCAGUACUCACAAUUUGAACAUAUCAACGAGAUUUCAUAAACCUAGUACUGCUACCUCUAUGCCGGCAUUGUGUAUCGACUCUGGGAAGAAGAAAGAGGCAACUAUAGAUGGCAAACAAAAGAGGAGGAACAUUGGUGGGAAGGUCGAUAAGAAUGUCACUAAUGAAGUAGUGAAAGUCAAGACGGAUCUCAAGGUCGAGAAGGCUAAGAGAGACGAAGGCAAACUUGUCAAUGAAGAAUUGAAAGUAACGAGUAAAAGUGCAUCAACUAAUAUAACCGAGACGAAAUCGACGUCGCAAACAAUUGCAGCGAUUUUCGAAAGCGAGGCUGAAUUGUUGGAAAAGCGAAUUCAACAAUUUAUGGCUGCCCAAGCAGAACGUGAGCGUAUCAUUCUCGAAGAAGAGCGAAAAACCGAGGAAGCAGAUUCCCAAAGGUCAAAGCAACUUUCGGACGAGGAAGCGUCACUUCAACGUCAGAUUCUUGAAUUAGAAUCUACGGAGAUCGAUAUAGACACAGAGACAGAUGAAACUGACGGAGAACUAGUGUUGGAUACCGAAGAUUUGCCGCUUCAAUCUCUGAGCAGUGCCGACGAGAAUGAUGAAAUGAGUUUGGAGGAUCGCUAUGAAAAUAUGCUCGAGGGUAUGUCGUGGGCUGAACGAAUGGAUACUCUGGCUCAAUUGCAAGCGCUGGUCGCUCGACAUCCAGGAAGGGCGUUGGAAUUGCAUCAGAAACUUUCGUCGCCAUCGAGGAAAAGAUCUUUACCGGAAACUCUCAAAAGGUAUCAAGCGAAACAAGCUUGCGCGCAACACAAACGACAGAAGCUAUUAAAGGAAAAGUCUCAGCGUCUCCGCGAGUUGUUGAACAAAGUUGAAGACGUGAAGAUAGCAAAGAAUCAAUUGAUCGAAGACAAGCGGAUACGCCUGGAAAUGAAAUUGAAAAGGGCGGAGGAAAAUAGAACGCAGCAUUUGUUGGAAAUCGUGAGAAAAGCUCAUGACGAAGAUUCCAAAUUGAAAGAGAUAGCAUUCAUUAACGAGUUGGAAGCGCAAAACAAACGACACGAUUUCAUGGCUUUGUGUCAAGAGCAAGAGGAAAGACUGCAGGGAAUUCAGGAAGAACGUCAACGUCGUCAAGAAGAGAAAGCAGCCAAAGAAGCCGCAGCUGAAGAACGUCGUCGUGCUCUGGAAGCCGAGCGUCAACUACGCAUUCAACGUAUGCGACAAGCUCGUCGCGAGCGAGAGGAACGCGUAGGCAAGAUGCAACUGGAACGUGAAAAGGAACGUCAAGAACUUGCACGCGAGAAAGCUCGCGAUCGCGAGGAAAGACUGUCGGCUUUACAUGCAGCUCAAUUGGCUAAUCAGGAAGAAUUACAAAAGAAAAUUGCACAGAAACAACAAGAAUCUGCGAGAAGGCAUGUGGAAAAUAUCGAACAUAUUCGUCAGCGAGCUAUUGAAUCGUCGAUUAUGAGAGCUGAGGAAGUUCCACCUACGUUGAAGAGUUAUCCGAGUUUAAAACAGUGCACGCUUUGUAGUAAAAUGAUUUUAAACGAAGUCCAGUUAUUAUCUCACCUAAAAGGCAAAGUUCACUGCGAAGCAGUGCGAAAGGUGCACGAUGGUCGAGAACCCUGCCGCGAUGAGCUUCAAAAGUUCAAUAUCUCACAAAUCAAAGAUUAUCAAAGUCCAGCAGACACCGACAAUCGAGUAGCCAAGGAAAAACAAAAAGCGUUAAAACGACGUAGUCGAAAAAUCAAACAACGUAUGACCGCCAGAAGUCAGGAGUAUGAAGAUUUGGUUAAAAAUAGCGAUGGUGCUCAUGUGGUUGAUUCUUCGAAUAAAUCAAAAUUCAGAAGAAAUCUAAAAGAGUUGGAUAAGCUUUGUCAGAAUCACGCCAAAACUACAUGGUCAGUUGUGGCUGUAGCUAGUUUAGAAAGGUGUCUCGGAGAAAUCGCGAGAGGGUUUUCCAAAUCGUGUCCUCUGGAUCAAGAUGCGUUUUCUCAGCUCUAUGGCUUUGAAACACUGACGAACUUGUUGAACCUUUGUUUGAACAUACAGAAUAAUACUACUUAUACGUUACCAAAUAAAAGUAUCGUGUCGAUAUGCCGAGUGUACGUAUCCGCUCUGAGCGGGCAUUCGACAAACAUCGAGGCUGUUUUACUAAGCAACAAAAUAAUUGUGAUACUUGAUCUCCUGAUGCAGCGUCUUGAGGCAGUAACGAGUCUCGACGACGCGAGUCAAGCGCAGGAGAUGACCGCCAAUGGCUGCAAUGGAAAUGGUUCGGUGGCUGUGGCGGCGACUCAACUUCUUUGCACUCUCGUACCUGAUAAUCCAUUCGACAAGCUAAGCUUACAAUCGCGACUUCAGGACAUGGUUGGAUACUUGAUGACGAGUGGCCUCGUCGAGCGCGUGAGUCGGCACAGCCGGGCGAUGAUCGAAUCCGACUUCUUGCUCGAGCCGGAACGCGAGUGCCCGCUGCUGACGGCCUCGUACGACCUGCUGUCGCGCGUGUGCGCGCACUUGCGGCGCGCGCCGGGCGCCACUGCCGUGCCGACGCACGACGGCUCGUCGGUGGCCUCCAACGAGGCCGCCUCGGAGGGCAACGGCGCGGCCGCGUCGCAGCCCUGCGCGGAGCCGUCGUCGGCCCAGGCGCACCUGCUCGGCCUGCUGAGCUCGACCGAGGCCGCCGGCGUCAUCGGCGCUCUGUACGCCAGCGUCGCGCUCGCCGCGCUGGCCAAGCCCGCGACCUCGCCCUCGUCGCCGGUCCAGCCCCAAGGCGGCCCCGCCAAGAGUCUGGCUAGCAAAGGACUGAAGCUGCUCAGGUGCAUGGCCGAGCUGGACCUGCAGAAGCUGCAAACUCUGCUCGGCGCCGAGGGGACGAGUUUGCAGUGGCGUCUGACCGCCAGCCAUCUGAUCGCGAGACUGUCGCGCGAGUCGGAAGUGACGACGACCAUGAUAUCCAGCUGCCAGCUGCUGGGCGAGCUGUUGGUUGUGCUUGGCUACUUUGCCGUCAACAAUCCCGACAAUCAGUUGGUUUUACAGUCAGCCGGCUCAGGUCCAAGUGUCUUACAGCAGCUUUGCACGCUAUCCUUUCCCUUUUACGGCGAUCCUAAACUUGCUGGAUUCACCCUUCCAACCCUCCUAGCAGCCACCCAUGAGAAUUCAGAGGCUGCCGCCAUUUUAUCCUGCGAGAUGUCCUACGAGCUGUUGAAGGAAUAUCGCGACUCUGAGCAAGGCAAACUCAACCCACUCGUACGGCUGCUAAGGACAUCUCCUUCCAAUUCGUGAAUCGGCAGGAUACUGGAAAUAGUCAAUGCUUGUAACUUAGCUGCGCAUUUUUCGCGUUUGAAAAUAACACAAUGAUCUUGCAUUUAAUUUCGAGAAACGAAAGAAUUAAUGUUUCAUAGUCAAAAAUUGUACUUACAACGGCUAAUUUCUUUUUUAGAAUUAUAAUACGAAUAUUUCCAAAUGUGUCUGUGGUAAGAUCUCGGAUACUUGGCGUUUUAUAAGGAUAACAGAUGAAUGAUAGUUGUAUGUGAGAAAAAAAACAAUCGUUCAUUAUAAUGAAAACGGUGCUAAAGAUUCUUCAGAAACUCACAAAAAAAAGUAGCAAUCAUCAUUCGUAUAUGACUUACAGAAAAAAAAGUACUAACCGAACUGUAUAAAAUUAUGUGAUACCGCUAUCGUGCAAUUUUUUCGAAAAAAAAUAUUGAAAGCCUUUGUUUUUCUCUGUCUCGAGUGAUGUUAAUCUAGUAUUAUAUAGCAAUAAAUGACUUCGCUGUGAACGCAAAGUGAUAAUUAACAGUUUUUUCGCUAAGACGUAUGUAUAAAUACACACCACUAGUCUUGUAGAUACAAAAAUGAAAUGUAUACCUUGUAACACCAAAUUUAGUUCGCCACGUACACGUAAACAAACGUAUUAAAAAAAAAGAAAAAACGCGGGAAAAAACUUUAUAGUCACAUAAGUUUAAUAUAUAAGUGAAUUAAUGUAUUUGUAACCCGAGAGUAUUGUAUUAUUUUUCCACAUAUCGUCGAAUUUGUGUCAGAUAUAUGUAAUUGCAACUCUCGGCCUCUUUCUUUAUACGUUAAUUUUCUCUCUCACUCUUCAAUUGCAUGACUCAAGAAUUCCAUUUGAAAAGAAUAAUCACAAUAAUAAGAAAAAGCAA